AUGACCAACCCCGAGCUGCGUCGGCAGGUCAUCAACAUCUACAAGGGCACGUUCUCCUUCCCUGAUUUCGUUGCCGCGCGACAGAUGCUGACUCCGGUAGAAUUGCUCAAUCUCGGGCGCAACUACCCGCAAGGCUAUGAAUAUUUCAGGAACCGUCUCCACAAAGCGUUCGCCAGUCAGGCGCAUCUGAACGAUGAUGAGCAGAUCCGGAAGGGCAUUGCCAGGGCCGAGUUCGUGAAAAAGGAGAUCGAAGCAUUCGCUAUGAAAACAAUUAAGCUCGAUGCCGUGCAUCAUAUCAGGCCGUAUCAAUAUGUCCAGCAAAUAUACACAAGAAAGGGAUAA